AUGCCCAACCUGUGUGCGUCAGCCACUUUCAACCCUCCCGUCAUUACCAUCCUAGGAUCGGCUUUGCGGGAGGAGACCAUCAAGGUAAUGGAGCAGCGCAUUCCUGCCAGCGUCUCUACAUCGUCCAGCCCCUCUAAGGAGCCGAUCAAGUUUCUCUUUUACCCCAACCCUGACCACUGGCGCAUGGAGCUCAGCCAGCAUUUCUGUAAUGAUCUGCACAAGUCAGCUGUGUUUCUUGCCAUCAUUGAGGCUUUGGAGGGAGAAGGAUGGAACCUACGGGCCUCCAACUCCACUCGUGACAAUGACUCUGGGAAAGAAACCACCAAGCUGUUUUUUGCUCGGAACCCAUAG